UUACGUAACCGGCCAGUCGACAGUAUCAAGGAACUCCCAUUUUUAGGGUGGUUUAAGGUAACGCAAAUUAAGAAAAUUUGCAAUAUUUUAAUUAAUACGUUAGAUGAGAAAAAUCCUAUUUUCAUAAAAAUUAUUUCAAAUUAAUACAGAAAUUACACAUUUAACUUUUGAUUGCUGGCAAAUUGCAUUUUUUGAUAUAUAACAUUUGUAACUUCAAGCAUUGCGCAUCCCUUCGAAAUGUUCCAAUUCGAUAUUCGAUGCAACUACCAAUAAUAACCCCAAAAUUUGUUAUGACUUACGUUACUAUGGAGACGACUUUUUGUUAUUGUUUAGAUAACCCACGUCAACUGCUCUACUUAUAUUUAAAAUACAAUUUUUUAACCUUAUAAUAAACGAAUUGUAAUUGUAUUGUGAAAAUGGCAACUGAAAAGCUACUAUUUCGAUUGGAACAACCACAUGGCACUGGAGAUAUUUAUAUAACAUGGCAAAAAGGAAAUGGAAUGUAUCUUGCAACAACUGGUAUUGAUUCAGUAGUAAACAUUUUUGAUCGAUAUGGCGAAAUUCAGGAAAGAAUAAAACUACCAAGUCUGUGUACUGGAUUUUCAUGGGACAGUGAUGGUGAUUUACUAGCUGCUAUUAGUCAGUCUCCACAAUUAAUUUUAUGGGACUCAAACACAACCAAGAAACUUACAAUAGAAGUGGGACUUAAAGACUCGAUGACAUGCUUAGUUUGGGCUAAAAAGAUUCCCAUGUUAGCAGUUGGAACUAUUAAAGGAAAUGUCUCUAUUUAUAAUCAUAAUACAUCAAAGAAAACUCCUGUUAUUGGGAAGCAUACAAAAAGGAUAACAUGUGGUGCUUGGAACAGUGAAAAUUUAUUAGCUUUAGGAUCUGAUGAUAAGACUGUAUCAAUAAGUAAUAGUGAUGGGGACACUUUGCGGGUGAUAAACCUGAGGGCUGAACCGUCAGAGAUAGAUUUCUCUCAAAUGAAAACUGACGAAAGAGAAGGAGCAGAGAAUACAGUCAGUUUACUAGUGGGAAAGAAAACUUUGUACCUAUAUAAUCUAUUAGACCCAGAUAACCCAAUAGAACUAGCGUUUCAGCCACAUUACGGUGCCAUAGUUAAAUAUAAAUGGUUUGGCGAUGGUUAUAUACUGUUGGGUUUUUCUGGUGGUUAUUUCAUAGCGAUAUCAACUCACAUUAAGGAAGUGGGACAGGAGUUGUUUCAAAUAAGGAAUCAUAAAAAUUCGCUUUGUGAUAUUGGUAUAAGCGAGAUUAUUGGAAAAGCUGCUUCAUGCGGGGACAAUUCUGUUAAAAUACACGAUUUGGCGAAUUUGCAAGAGACUUCUAGUGUUUUAACGUUAGCUCAAGAAUCAGGUAUCGACCGGAUAUCAUGGAGCAACGACGGUCAACUUCUAGGAGUCUGUACCAGAGGAGGUUCGCUCAACGUCUACGUCUCUUACAUGCCCAUCCUGACGUCUGUAUGCGCUCCUAAAAUAGCAGUGCUAUCUAGUUUAACUGAAAUAAGCCUUUACAAUUACACUUCCGAUAAAUCCAAGUUAAUAGCCACCCCUGUUGCUCUAGAAAUCGAACCCAGCUUCGUAGCCGUAGGACAAUUCCAUUUUGCGGCUGGAAUGAACAAUAAUAUUUGGUUUUACAGUUUGACGAAGACUCAAAUCGGCGCUCCAGACGUGCCUUUAAAACUAGGAGAACGCCAGUACUUAGGAGCGAUUACAAGUGUCAAAUUAAACCAAGAAUACGUGUCUGUUUUGUUUGAAGGACGAUUGCAGUUGCAGUUGCUCGAAUCCGGCGAUGCGCACCAAGAAGAAAAAGAUUCCAUCAGCUUUCCGGAUGAAACGAACGAUUCAGUUGUGAUUACCUCCCAUGAGCUUACAGCAGAUUUUCUGAUAUACGCAAGUGAUAUGGGCAGCAUAGUUUAUUUUCACGUGGAUGAAUGGUCGAAAGCACUGGAAUAUAAACAUGUUAUCGGAGUUACUGAUAUUUAUGUAGACCCAGCUGGUACCAGACUGGUGUUCCUCGAUAUAAAAACUAAAGGUUACGUCUUUAACGCGGCUGUCAGCGAAGUUUUACCAAUUCCGAAUCUACCGAAUAAGAUACUUGGCGUAAUUUGGGACAACAACAUUUCGGAUAGAAACAUUUUUAUAGUCUACGAUGAACACGAGAUUUACACUUACGUUUACGUCAACAGAUUUACUGAAGGCGCCUGCGUGAAGAUGAUUGGACACACCACGCUAGUCUCCAAGCAAAUACCUCUACUGAUGUAUGCCGGCGAAAUUACUUCGGCAACUUCCGGAGGGCAAUUGACGCAGUUUAUGCUGUCGACCCACGAUACCGCGCAUGUAGAACUCAACGAAAAGGAUCAGAGUGUAUUGGAAACGAAUUAUAAGAAACAAUUAGCUUUGCAUCGAUUUCAUUCCGCUCUAGAAACAAGUCGGUUGUUGAAAUCUAAAGAAAUGCUUCAAAAAACCGCCGAAGACGCUCUGAUGCACCUAGAAAUCGAAUUAGCGAUUCAAGCUUACCGAGAAAUCGAAGCAGUGGCUAUGGUGUGGAGUCUCGAGAGCAUCGUCGAUAUAGAAGAUUACAAACUUUUGUGCGGUUACAUAAAAAUGUACCUCAACGACUACGACAAGGCUCAAGAAUGGUUUUUAGCGUCCAGUUAUCCGGAAGCUGCUCUUGAGAUGCGACGCGAUCUGUUGCAGUGGGACCAAGCGCUGCAUCUCGCGAAAAGAAUGGCUCCCAACGAUAUCGCGAUGAUAUCCAGGGAGUACGCUCAGCAACUGGAAUUCAUCGGCAACUAUUCGGAAGCGCUGAGGCAUUACGAGAAAGGUUUGCAGCAGGAUUUGAACGCGGAGCAUACGUUCAAUUGCAAAGCCGGCAUAGCGAGAUCGAACUUAUAUUGCGGGAAUUAUAGACAUGGCGUGUCGAUCGCUAUCGAACUGGAUAACAAACAGUUGCUUAGAGAAUGCGCUGACAUAUUGGAUAAGAAGAAACAGUACACUGAUGCAGCCGUUUUGUUCGAAAAAUGCCAUCAAUACGAGAAGGCUGCGUCGAAUUAUAUCAGAAUGAAAAAUUGGACCAAAGUCGGUGAACUACUUCCCAAUAUCAACUCUACGAAGACCCUCUUGCAAUACGCCAAAGCUAAAGAAGGCGAAAAUAAGAUAGAAGAAGCCGUUUGGGCUUACCAGAAGGCUAAAGAUUACGAUUCCGUCAUCAGAUUGCAUUUGGAGCAUUUAAACAACCCAGAAAUAGCUGUCGAACUGGUACAGGAAACCAAAAGCAUCGAAGGAGCUAAAAUGGUUGCUAAAUUCUUCAUGGGUUUAAACGAUAUAUCAUCGGCCAUCAAAUUUCUUGUAAUAUCGAAAUGUACCGACGAAGCUUUCGAUCUAGCUAAAAAGUACGGGAAAGUACUAUUAUACGGCGAUAUUUUAUUGGAUAUUUUCACUGAAGACGAUAUUAAACCGCAGGAUUUCGUGAACGUUGCUAAUUAUUUUGAAGCUGAGAAAAACUAUUUGUUAGCCGGGAAAUACUGGUUCCACUCCAGAGAUUAUCAGAAAGCCAUGAAGUUUCUGUUAAAAUCAGCCAAAUCUAAUUCGAAAGAGAAAGAAGCUCUUACUAUAGCAAUAGACGUGGUUGCUGCUUCUAACGAUACAUCUCUAGUUAACGCGCUGAUAGAGUUCUUGUUAGGAGAGACUGACGGAGUUCCAAAAGAUCCAAAAUAUUUAUUCAGAUUGUACAUGGCUAAGAAACAGUUCAGAGAAGCAUCUAAAUCCGCCGUCAUCAUAGCCAACGAAGAACAGAUUAAUGGGAAUUACAGGAACGCCCACGACAUUCUUUACGCCAUGUGUCAGGAGUUAAAACAGAACGGAAUUAAGAUUCCGUUCGAAAUGUACGCGAAUUUGAUGCUGUUACACAGUUACAUCUUGGUGAAGUUGCACGUCAGACGAGGGGAACAUCUCAAAGCUGCUAGAAUGUUGAUGAGAGUCGCUAUUAAUAUUUCGAAAUUCCCGUCGCAUAUCGUCCCCAUAUUGACGUCGACGGUCAUCGAAUGCCAUCGAUCUGGUUUGAAGCAAGUGGCUUAUAAGUACGCAACGACUUUGAUGAAUCCGGAGUAUCGGAAAAACAUCGAUCCGAAGUACAGCAAGAAAAUUGAAGCGGUGAUUAGGAAACCGGCGAGAAAUAAAGAUGGGGAAAUUAUUACUGAUCCAGUUGAGGAUUUGACGGCUUGUCCGUACUGCGAUAACAUGUUACCAGAGACUGAUACGACGUGCAAUAGCUGCAAAAACAAUAUUCCUUUCUGUAUAGUGACUGGUAGACAUAUUAUAACUUCUGAUUUGACUGCUUGUCCAGAAUGUGAUUUUCCAGCUGUGAGGAGCGAGUUCAUUCGAAUUUGCGACGGAAAGGAGAUAAAUUGUCCGAUGUGCUCCGGAAAAGUCGAUGCUAGAAGGUUGAUUAAGAUUGAAAACAGCAAACCGUAUCUCAAUGUUGAAUAAAAUUGGUGCGUGGAUUCGAAAGGAAAGAAAUUGGAAUUUUGAAAUGUAGUGGAAUUAGUACACACGUGAUCAUUAUUAGCGGUGAUGAUACCGCUUGUCUGAAAACAUUUUUGAUAUUUAUCAAUGAUGCCUUAAUGUUGAAACAAUUACCUACUACUUCCUGUUGAGAAUAUUGGACCAAUAUCGGUGUUUUUAUAAUAUAUUAUAAUUACUGCUUUAAUAAUUUUACUGAGGAUGGUUCGAAAUAUACGAUUAUAACGGAAAUGAUGAAAGUUACCUAUAGAGAAGAUUAUAUUUUGAGAUUUAUUGUUCAAUAAAAAUUAUGACUAGA